AUGAUUUUCUUCUUACUUUUACUUUUGCCAGUUUUGGCAAAAGAAAAGAAACAUUCCGAUCAUAAAUCAAUACGUGAAAUAUUGUCAUCACAUUCUGAGCUCAUUGCCAUUUCUGCUCACUCGAACAUAUUGGCAACAUUAGACCAACAUGAAAUUCAUGUGUACGAAAUAAGCGAUAAUGCAACACAUUUGCAACAAUACGAUUUAAAGUUGAUGUGUUUUUACAAGUUAGAGCGUCGGGUUGCAUUCGCACAUGUAUUUAAAUUGCACUUAAAAAACAAGUUAAUAUUUUGUGGUGAAGAGUAUUGCUAGUAAGUAUUUUUUUUAUAGAAAAUUAAAGUUUAUAGCAUUAAACAUAUAAUGUUUUUAAUCAAAAUUUUUAGUUUGUUUGAAUUCGAUUACGCAAUAAAACGCAUUGAAUUGAAAAGACAGUUUAAAUUCUCUGAGUUUUCUACCGGAGCAAUCAGCUCAGUACGAGCAACGGCCAGCGAAAAAACGUUUGUGAUUCAAGUGAUUGAAAAAGCAAAACUUCAAAAUGCCACUAUUACAUUUAUCGACAUUGAGUAAGAAAAAAUUUUGCGAUUUAUUAUGUUGCAAGAGUUUUUAUACUUUCCAGCAAUUUGUUUUAGUACUUUAAAUAAAAUGUAAGAUUACUUUUUACAAGAAUAAUUUAGUAAAAUUUUUUAGAUCAGGUGCUACUAUCGGAAAUGCAGAUGACUACAAGUUUAACCAUAAUGAACCUUCCGUUUUGGCGUUUACUAAAGACGAGUAUUCAUAUUUUUUAAACACUGCGACGAGAAUUGACAAUCCUAGGUUGUUGGUUGAAAAGUCACGACAUACACAUCAGAUAUCGAAUAUCAAACUAAUACGUGUUUGCAAUGGUGACAAAACGCAUAAUUUGGAAUCAAAAAUUGACAUCUCGCUAAACUGUAGGUUUUAGAAUGUUGUUUUUUUUCGAUCUAGGUGUUUUUGGGAAAACUUGAUGAAAAGUAAAAUAUCAAAAGUAAAAUUUAAGGCGCGUUAGAUAAGACGCAUUAUUCAUAUGCAACAGCCGCUUCUGUUUCAAACGACCAAAAAUACUUGUUUGUGGCUGCGAGAGAUGUAAAUGAGUCAUCAGUUGUUGUAUGUCGUUAUGAACUGGUUCAAGUUUUAAACUAUUUUGAACGAACAUGGGCAACUUGUCAAGAAAUGACUAAUCCAAAAGACAUUCAAAACGUAAGUAAGAGAUUUUUUUCAAAAAUUUAAAACGAGAAAUAUAAAAUUAUUUUUUUCAUAAAAAAUUUAAUAAAAAAUUUGAGGUGAUUUGUUUAAAUAUAAAUAUUUUAAAAAGUUUAGAAAUGCAUAAGUGGACAAAUAGACAAUAUCGAGAAAUGCUACACAUUUUCGUGGUUAAUUAACAAAAGGGUUCCAAUUUGUCAGCGUUUUAAUAUGGGAUCUUCUGUGUUACAAAAUUGCGCUUUAAAUAUGAGUACAUCGAACCAAUACCGCGCUGGAUGGAUUGAAAACUACUUACCAUUGAACGGUACAAAAAUUACGGUUUUUAAAAUAGAAGACAAUUCUCAAGUGUUGAAUGUAUUUGAUGGUGGAUUUGACGACACCAUUUGGAUUCAUACAAGUGAUGACAAAAUUGUGCGUGUUAAGUCUUGGGAACGACACAACGAGCUAUUGUGGCGUGAAAGGGCUGAUUUGACUGCAGUUGGACGAAUAAAUGAAGAUGAUAUUUAUUAUUUUUACAUUAAAGACAGGAGCGUAAGUUUAGAAAGGAAAAAACUAAAAAAUAGCAUCUAGAUGCAUCUUUUGUGUACUCAGAUUUUUUAGAUUUUUUUUUGUGUUGUACUUAGAUUUCGACUGCAAUUUCAUGACUAUAACAAAUUUUUUAUAGUAAUAUAAAUAAGAAUCUUACAAAAAAUUCUAUUUUAAGCUCCAAUACGUAAGAAAUCGAUGCGCAAGCUUAUAUCAUAGCUGUAAUGCCAUAAAUUGGAACGAUUCACUUCAAUGUGGUUACUGUGCUUUUUCAAAUAGCACUGGAAAAGUUGUUUCUUCUGUUUAUGCUCAAAACUGUAAAACAAACGGCGGUAACUUCUGUACUAAUUUUUGUCCACCAAUUAUAAAAACUGUGUCUCUGGGAGGACAAACAGUGUCAAUUGUGGGAGAAAACUUAUUGGAAUUCAUUGAUCCAGUUGACGUGAAAGUGUGUGGUAAGCCAUGCAAGGUAUCGAUUUGGAGUAAUGAGUUGUAAGUUAUAGUUUUAUAUCUUUUUUAUUUAGCUAAAAAUUUUAUAUGGAUAUUUUUAUUCUCUUACGCAUUUAUAUAAAAGUUUGUCUGUACUAAUAAACUUAUUUACAGAAUUAACUGCAAAAUGGAAAAAGCACCGUACGUAGACUGCCGUGUAGAGGUUUCUGGACAUUUAAGUAAAGUAAAUCGAAUAUAUACUUUAAAUCAUCUGAAGUCUUACGAAGAUGACAAAAAUGAAGCCUCGAGACGAUCGAUGAAGUAUGCCUUAAACCUUUUAAAUAAAACGCAUGUUAUACAACAUACAAAUUUUGUGAAAAUGGUUUUAAUUUGAUACAUUUUUUAUUAUAAUAGAAAUUUUUAGAUGGCUUCGAUACGUUGCUGCUGCUGCUGCAAUUUUGACUGCAGUAGCCAUGUUAAUUUGCGCUACAUGGUUUAUGAAAUGUUACCAUAAAAAAGUAAGUUUUUAAUAUUUUUUAUAUUUUUAAAACUUGUAUUUUGAUUAUACAUUUUUGAAAUCACCAAAAAAUUUAGCAAAGGAAACGACGUAUGUUGUUAACAAAAAGCAAUGUGCUUCCUGAUAAAAACAAUGACAACCAAUCUUUAGGUAAGUUUCCUAAACCUUUUUUUAAAACUAUCCUCUUAUUUAGCCAAUUUUUUGUUUUUUUUAUUGGUUCGGUUUAACAUAAAAAUUAAUAUUCUGGAGAGAAAAUUUUUUAUAUUUGCUUUGCUUAAUUUUUUACAUUCAAUCUUGUGUUACGGUUUUACAUUUAAUCAUGUGCAAACUGCAAAUUACUCGGGUACUAUUAUAAUUUGGUCAAAAAACACUAAAGGAAAGCAAUGUAAUGUAGAUAUUUUAAUUUUUGACUGAAUAAGUAGCUUUACGGUUUCGGGACAAGACUAUUCAUUGGUUGCAUAUUUUUUCUUAUUAGUUUUGUUGUUUUUUAAGUUGAAAUGUCUGACUACAAUCAUUUUGCUACAGACGGGACUGGAGGGUUUUUGGACGCAAAUGGCGUUCCCAUUUUGAACCAAAGCACAGUGAAACUUAUGGAAAUCAUUGGUUCAGGUAAAUUUUACACAUUUAAAAAAUUAUUUAUAAAAACACAUUUAGUGUUUAAUAGUUUCAAUGAGCUUGUAUAAUUUUACUACUUUUUAAAAAAUAUUUUAUUUUAAAUUUUAGGUAAUAGUGCGACUGUGCAUUUAGCCUGCAUGAGACGUGGAAGAAAGGAACUGCAAGUUGCAGUAAAGAAGAUUAAGUAUUAUGAGACAAAGGAACUCGAAAAAGCGAUGAGGGAAGUUAGGCUAAUAUCAGAAUGUAAACAUCCUAACAUUGUUGAGUGUAUUGGUUAUUAUCAAUGUGUGGACGGUUAUUUGAAUGUGGUGAUGGAAUACGUGAAGGGUGGAGAUCUGCAUACGUAUCUCACGAACAAGCAAAAGGCAAGAAAUUAUUUACAUUAUUCUCUCUAUAUAAGCAACCCGAAGGGCCCGACAUUUUGUGUUUACUAAAAGGGGUGUUGUCUUUACAGAGAGGCUUUUGCAAAUUGACUUGGCGAGGCCAAAUUUCUUGUUUAUUAUAAGGAGAGUUGCUUAUACGUAGGGUUCACUAUAGAGAGACUGUAUCUGCGACAGGAAGUGCGAAAGAAGAGGACUCCGGAGUAUCCUACAGAAAAAAAUUUAAAAAGUAAAACGCGGCUCUCUUUUGAUUUUCAAAAACAAAAUUGGGAAAAAAUUUACAAGACCUGCCUACCAAAUUUUUUUUUACUUUUUCGGUCCUCAAACCAAAAGUGCCAGCAAAAUAUUUGUUCCGCUAAUUAAAUGGUCAAAUUUAUUUGAAUUAAAGUUUUAAUACAUAUUCUACAAAACAUUUUUAAUAUUCCGAUUUUAUAAUUAUAUUUUUAGUACUUAUUUUUUAAUUUUUUAGAGUUUAGUAGCUCGCACCGCAUUUUCUUAUAUUGAACAAUUAGUAAAAGGUAUGCAAUACAUGGCUACACAAAAAAUUAUUCAUCGCGACUUGGCGGCUAGAAACUGCAUUUUAAACGAAGAUUAUACCAAACUCAAAAUAACUGAUUUUGGUUUAUGCCGUAGGGCUAAUAAUCAAGAUCAAUAUGUAGCACAAGAUCAGAAUGUUAAGCUGCCGUUUAGAUGGACGGCUGUCGAGUGCUUGACUGGAGAAUUUGCGGUAGGUUUUAAAUAUACGUAUACAUAAGUGACUGUAAAAAAAUCAAAUAUAUUCAUUAAAGUUUUCAUAAAAAAAUUUAAAUUUAUGAUUUAUUUUAAUAAUUUAAUGUUAGUUUUCGGAAAAAAGCGAUGUCUGGAGUUUUGGAGUUGUGUGUUGGGAAAUCUUCUCGCGCGAACAUAUGCCGUAUAAAGAAUUACAUUCGAGUGAAGAAGUCUAUCGAUACUUAGCACGGGGCCACCGACUUGCUUUUCCAGUUUCGGCAUGUCCAGAAGAGCUGUACGAGAAGAUCAUGUGCAAAUGUUGGGAUCCCGAUCCAACACAACGUCCUACUUUUGAUGAGCUUGCUGUCAAUCUGCAACGACUUCUACGCGAACUUGAUGAAAUUUACGAACCGUUUUUGGAAAAUGAUGGUUACGAAAAAGUAAGUUUUUAAAUAUAUCAUGGUAAUUUUGCAACAAGAUCCGUUGUGUACAUAAAAGUUUUAAUACAUUUGUAGGCUUUCUUUACAUAAAUCUAUUAAAAAUUUUAAAUUUUACAAUGCUAUUUAAUUUGUGCACUUUGCAGCCUAUAUCUGUUGCACAUAGUUCAAUACAAACACCAACAGACAGAGAGUACGAAGAAAGUCAAACUCCCACUCAAAGCAAUGGAUAUUCUGGUUUAAACACUUUAAUACUUAACAACGGAGACCUGCAGAACAUAUACACAGAUCACCCAAUUUCUGACUACAACCCGUCUGUUCCAAACGGCUAUUCAAAAGCUUCACCCUCUGUUCAUCUUUCUACCGCAAUGUGA